AUGAGAGCUCUUGUGACUAUUGGUGCAUGUUAUCUCGACACUAUCCUAACCGUCGACCACUACCCAGGAGAAGACGAAAAGCUACGUGCAUCCAGCAUCUCGCGACGGCGGGGCGGAAACACCCUCAACACGCUUGAAGUUCUCCAACAACUCCUCGAAAGCAGAUCACAAAAUGCCCAGGCUGCCGAAGGCGAUGGACAUACCAACAUCAAUGGUGAUAAUAGUCGAAAUGAUGUUGACAACACUCCCCUUCUAUAUGCCGUUGCAGUGCUGCCAGCAAAAUCAUCUCCCGCAAUCAGGGAAAUAAAAGCAUCCUUUGGUCCAUAUGUUGACCUCCAGCACCUCAUAUACCGAGAAGAGUGCAGCGAGCCAGCAUCCAGCUACAUCAUCAAGAGUACCUCGACAGGCACCAGGACUAUCGUCAACUACAACGAGUUGCCGGAGAUGACUGUGGCUGAAUUUGUGCGGAUUGCGGAGAGUUUGUCUACCGCAACUACACCCCCCGCCCGUCCUCGAUGGUUUCAUUUUGAGGGCCGCAUACCAGAUGUCACACUGGAAUGCAUACGAUAUAUUCGUCAAAAGUUCCCAGCCGAUAAAGUCAGCGUGGAAGUCGAGAAGCCUGGGCGCUCAGGUCUUCAGGAGCUAGCUGCUGUGGUGGAUGUGGUGUUUUAUUCCAAAACAUGGGCGCAGGCAAAUGGUUACCAAUCGCCGUCAGAUUUUCUUCAAUGGCAGGCCCCCUUAACACCCGUAGCGUCAAUUCUGUGCUGCACAUGGGGCGACCGGGGCGCCGCAUGCCUUGACACGCGCAGCAUGUCAUACAUCCAUUGCCCAGCGUAUAUAGAUCUGCGAAGUCCAGUUGUCGUCGAUACGAUCGGGGCUGGCGACACGUUUAUUGCGGGAAUGCUGUACGGUUUGAUCUAUCAUGGCGACGACAGUGACUUCAGUCUUCAGCUGACACUCGAUUUUGCGAACCGCCUUGCCGCGUACAAGGUCAUGCAGGAAGGGUUUGGAGGGCUGGGUGAAGCUGUGGCGAAGAGCUUGUAG